AUGCGCAACAGCGACCGAUGUUUGCGUCGCACGAUCCCGCGGGAUGGAGACAUUGUUGCAGCAGCGCGCAACCCAAAGUACAAGCACGCGUUCAGCCACGACCAGCAGACGUCUGUCGUCAACAGCUCCAAGCGGCCGUCCGUGUUCCACUUUCUCUGGUCAGGCUGGGGUCUGUUCCUGCUCAUUCUGGCGGAGCUGAUCAUGGUCAACGUGAUCAUCUGGCCCUGGUGGAUCAUCGACGAAGGCAAGGACGUGCGGGACCUCUUCUUCAAGGCGCUGCGCGCGCAGGACGCCUCGUUUUGGAUCGGCUUUGCCUUCUGCACCAUGGCCUGCACGUGCAUGGGGAUCAUCGUGCUGUUCGCCUUUGCGCGGCGCCGCAUCAGCGUGCCCAAGACGCCGGUGCAGAUCCUGUCGGGCCUGCUUGGUGGCCUCCCGCGCGGCGCCAUCAUGGUCUCCUACACCACCCGCGACCCAGACAUGUGCCACCCAGACAUCCCACGCAAGGUCGCCCGCACGCUGCCGUGCCGCUGGCUGGACCAGGACUCCCUGCUCCCCGGCAUCCCGCUGCGCAUCGCGUGCCAGCAGGCGGCGGAGACGUGCGAGAUGGGCAUCAUGUUCGUGUGCCAGGCGUACCUGCUGAGCCCCGUGUGCCGCGCCGAGUUUCGCGAGCUCAUUGGCAACGACAUCCACGGCACUGGCGGCAAGAAGCGCAACAUCAUCUUCAUCCUCCCAGACGUCGUGCCCCUGCUCGACAACGAAGAGUGGCAAUGGGGCAAUCGUGGCCUUGUUGAUAACGGUGUUGGUCAUGGUGUUGGUCAUGGUGUUGGUCAUGGUGUUGAUGGCGCUAUUGAUGGUACCAUUGAUCAUGGUGAUGGCGGCGACCGGGAGGUGAAGGAGAUCCUGCAGUUUCUGCGUCGCAUUCGCAAGUGCACACCGGAGCCCAUCCGUGCCGAGCGCACGCACGAGCGCAGCAGUCUUCACUGCCGCCGCAACGGGCAUGCCAUGGCGCACAGCUUCCGCUUCUCCUCCACACAACCGGGCGAAUCAUCCACAGAUGACGCAGAGGAACCUUACAACACGCCUACACACCCUGCCACCGCAGCAGCUACUGCUGCCGCCACACCAUCAUCAACAACAACAACAACAACAACAGCAACAACAAUAACACCACCACCACCAAGAACAACACAGUCCACUGGUUCAGCUGCUACAUCAGCACACCGCAGCACAGCCGCAACAUCACCAACCUCCACCACCGCCACCACCACGACGCAGACGGUGAUUGCGCUGACGCCGCGCGACCGGGAGCUGAUGAAACACGACCCGGCGUGGGCGGUGCUGCAGGCGUUCCAGCAGGCCGGCACGCUCACGUGGCUCGGGCAGCGGCACACCCCGUACUUCUUUGCAGAGUGGCGAGCAACGGCCUCCAUGCUGUUGAGCGAGCCCAACGGCUGGACGGCAUGGGGCGUCAUGGCGCUCAUUGCAUGGCUCGUGCCCAUCAUCUGCGGUGUUGCAGGCGCAUUUUACACGCACACGCAGGCGCGCAUCGGCGUGGCCAUCGUGUACCUGCUGGUGCUCGUCCCCGUGUGCGCGCUCCUGCUCAUCAUGUUCCGCGGGCUGGUGGGCGCCGUGCUGCCACGACCCGCACUCAAGGGCCCCGCGUCACUGCUCGUCGUGCUGUGGAAGCUCGGUAUCAUCAACCGCAUCAACGUCGACACGGGCGGCAUCCACCGCCGCUUUGUUGACGAGUUGGCACGGAUUGGCGUUGUCAACCUCAACUUCAACCCAAAGCGCGACCACCACCUCCGCUUUGCUGACGCCGCCUCUGUCGUGCGCGGCGAGACGCACCUCCCCGAUGAUGAGCUGGAGAACGCGUUCCUCAUGCUGUGGCGUGAUGCAACCUUCUCGGACUUUGCGCAGCUGCCCAAGAACCUGCAGUCCUCGUGGGUGCACCCGACAGCGGGCACGCUCGCCUACUCCAUCAUGUGCUCCAUGAUGGUGUUGUUUGCGCUCGAUCACCGCGCCCUGCACGGCACCAUUGCAGGCGUGAACCUCUCCUCAAAGCCAACCACCAAGUCCCUCGGCGGCAACAUCGACAAGUGA